AUGGGGGGGCGCGGACGAGAGGCGGCGACGACGACGACGCCGAGCGGGCGCGUCGAGGACGAGACGGAUCGCGGGACGACGGCGACGACGGCGACGGCGACGGCGACGACGACGGCGACGGCGACGGCGACGAUGCGGCGAAAACACGUGGGUUCGCGCUCGGACGUGCGGGGGGGUGACGCGGGCGCGUCGCGGCGAGACGGUUCGGGCUCGGCGACGGCGACGGCGCUGGAGCGAACGUUGAGCGCGACGUCGAUCUCGUCGCACAGUUCGCCAAAGAUCUCGCCGAGAUCGUCGCCGAGGGUGUCCGUGCGCGAGCGCUUCGAGGAUGGAAAUGCAGGAGGCGUGAAACACUCACCCGGUGAGAGGCGGUUGACGUACGGGCCGUACGCUUUGUGGUUCGGCGCGCUCGCUCUCGGGACUCUCAUGCCGGGUGCGAACUCCAAGACGCGCGAGCAGUGGGUGGAGAAGACGAAAUGGAUCGACGAUAUAUUUGUUUCACCGUUCGGACCGGCGGUACCGCUGAUGCUGACUUUUGCUCGUUGGUUCUCCGCGAGCUGCAUAGAAGGAUACGACCGCGAGCGUCGAGGUCGGGUGCCGCUGGGCACGUGCGCGCGCAUAGGGAGCGAUAUACGGGCGUACGUAUUCGUCGCGCUCCUGAGACUGGCGGGAUAUCGCACCUUUAACGCCCUGUGGCCCUCGGCGUUCAUGAGUGAUCACGUUUUUCUCGGCGCGUCAGUCUUCACCGCGAUUCACGGCGAGGUCCUCUGCUGCGCGGUGGACUUUCUUCUACUCGUCGAGCGUCGAGAGAAACCGCUUCGCCGUACGGCCAUCAUGUGCGUCGCUCUUUUUGGUCUGGCGUGCAUGGUCUUCACCUCGGUCGAGGUCUUCGUCACCGCGAGAUUUUUCCAUCGCGGUUUCGAGACUUUCGUCGCCGCGGCGCUCGGAUGGUUCGCGCUUCAGCUCCCUCUCGUGCUCUCCGUCGCCGGUCCACGCGCGGUGGAGUUCGCCGCCGCGCUCGCGCUUUAG